UGGCGUCGCUGCGGGGUCGGAGUGGGGACUGAGGCUGAACGUGGAGUGGAGCCGCUCCCUGAGAACAUGAUGCCCGGAGAAUCCCGUUCACAGGCGGCUGAGGUGGUGGCGGACGCUGUGACCGCGGGCUCAGCCUCCUGUAUGAACUGUGACACCUUACAACAGAAUUUAAAUGAAUAUGUAACUGCAUUAAUUGCACUAAAACAAAAAAUCAUUGACACAGACCAUGUUCUCACAGAAUACCAAAAAAAGUGUGAUGAACUUCAAAAAACAGAAAGGGAUUGUAAAACACUUCGAGAUCAACUGGAUGAGCUGUUGCAGAAAUUUUCACCUCUGGAAAAAUGCAAGGAAGAAAUGGAUGCCAUGAGGGUAGAACUGGAAGAAAAGAGGAGCUCCGUCAAAAUGUACCAGCAGACCCAUUUGGAAUUCAACGAAUUGCAGCAAGAACAGAUAAGAAAUGAUGCUGUGAAGAAGAAAUUGGAAAGCCGAGUAAAAAGACUGGAAGAAACAACAACAAAACAAAAUGCAGAAAUAAAGCAAUUGAAAAAGGAGAAGACAACAUUGGAAAGAAAUCUGAAGAAAACUCAGGAAAAACUGAUGCUACAGCAGAAGAACGGUAUCAAAGUUUUGAAAGAUGCACAGACACAGAAUGCCGUGCAGGAAGUACCAAUGAAAAUUGAUACAAAUAAAGUAAAAGUGUUAUUGGAAGAAAUAUGGAUGUGUAUUGAAAAGCCUAAUGUACAAGAGAAGCCAAACAAGAGCCCAGGCAAGAAAGGACCUUCACAGAAGAAAUGUAAGACCCUUAGAAGCAGUUUAAGUAACCCAAAUCACAGCAGUCUCCUGGAAACUCCAGAGCUGCCAACAUCCUCACCCCCACAUCAGCUGGAGUGUGACCAAGAGAAAAACAAACUCUCAAAGAUGGAUGAGAGUUUGACUGAUGAAGGAUUGCAAAGCAAUGAUGAUAGUGCCUUCCAUGAUGACAAAACUAUAGAAUUGACUAGACAGAAAGAUCCUGAUGACAGUCCAACUGGUUCAAGUACUGAUACUGACGGUGGUGAUGAUGAUGAGCAAGAUGCUUUAAGCCGACAACUUCAAGAGAUACUUGACUGGACUGAACCUCUUCCUCCACAGCUGUCUCCGCUGCCAUGUUCCCCUUCAUAUAAAAAGCAAAACUUAUUUGGAGAUAUUACAGAUUCAAGUGAUGACGAAAGUAGUAAUCUUCCCAGAAAGAGCUGUAGUGAAAGUGUUCUGGAGAUUGAUCAACUGUAUAGUUCUGGAUGCACCGAUGCGCCGAUAACUGAUGAAGCAUCUAUGGCGGAAGCAGGCAUUUCAGCAAGAAUGGUUGGAGAAUUAUCUGCCGAGAAAAUGGAUUGUUCUGAGGCAGAAACUGAAGGCCUGAAUGAGCACUGUUUGAAAAAAGCUGAAGUAGAGGCUGAAAUGUCAGAUCCUUAUUUGAUUGUCAAAGAUGCUCAGUGUAGAAAUGAGAAUAACAUGGAAGUUCAGUUUUUACCUGAGGAAACUCAAACCAGAGCUCCAGAAAUGUACAAUGUUAAGAAUCUGACAUCUCCACAACACAAUUACAAUGAUGGGAUGCAGGGGGAUGAUACUACAGAAAGUUCAAAAGACAAUGUGGUUUUAGUAGUAUCUAAUCUUAAAACAGUGGAACCAGAACUUGAUAGGUCAAAGCCAUGCAGCAGAGAAGAAUGUGGAGCAGAUACUUGUGUUAAAGAAGUAGAAAAUGAGGAGCUUGUACCAGAAAAAGCCAGUGCUUUUGGACAGCUUGGUGCAACCUUUGAAGCAUUGGAGAUGGCAGAAAUUAAUUGUAAUAGUUUUGCAUGCGGCAGUCAAAGAGGCGAAUGUACACUAGCUUCAAUGCUACCCCCUGAUUUGGAGCACACCAUAUCAGAAUCUGUGACAAAGGAGCAAAUUGGCACCACCACUGUGGAGGAAGUAAUAUCAUUUUCCCAGCUUAACAGUAAAGUGAUACAUGGUGUUGCUGAGGAUAAGUCAACUGAAUACAUUCCUACUGGGCAAAUGGAGAUAGAGGAAAACAAUUGCAACCAUUUUAUACCUGACAGACAAAAAGGGGGAUGUACACAGACUUUGUUGCAGCCAACUGACGUGGUGCUUCCUCAAGCAGAGUCACUGACGAAAGAGCAAAAUCUUAACAAAAUGCAGGAGGUAACACCGUCAGCUGAGGUUUACUGUUUUACGGAAACUGCUGUUUCUCGAGAACAGUCCAAGAACUGCAUUUCUACAGGGUGUACAGAGAUGGAGGAAAUUAAUUCUGGUACUUCGACAUCUGAUAAUGAAAAAGAUAAAUGCACACUGUCUCCGGUGCCAGCCUCUGAUUUUGAGCAGACCCAAACUGAAUUUCAUGCAGAAGAGCGAAGUGGACUUGACAAAAUGCAAGAGAUAGCACCGCCAUCUGAUUUUGACUAUUCUAUAGAAACCAGCAUAUCUCAGGAUAAGUCAAAGAACUUUGUUUUUACAGAUGAAACAGAGAUGGAUAAUAUUAAUUCUAUUAGUUUAAUAUCUGAUAAUCAUAAAGAUAAAUGCAUAUUGACUUCUGUGGUGUCCAAAGAUAUUGAAGAGUUUGUAGCAAAAGAGCAAAAUGGACUUGACAGAAUACAGGAGACAGCUGUACUUGGCAAGACUGACAAUUCUGUCAUAUCUGAUGGUGCCAAGGACCAUAUUUGUACUGGAGGUGUGGAGGUAAAGGACGUAGAUUCCAAAAAUUCUACUCCUGGUAGUCCUAACAGUUCAGAACAGGAAUGUAUUCAACAUGACAAUUCAGUCUUAAUAAUAAAGGAGAAAGACAGUAUCAACAAACUGAAGGAGGUCAUUUCACUUGAAUGUUCCAUGGUAGCUGACACCACUCAAGAGAGUUCCACUUACAGUAGGGAUAUGGAGGUGGAUGAAGUAGAUUUGAACGGUUCUACAUCUAACAGAGAAAAAGAUGAAAAUAUAUCAACCUUACUGCCAGUCGGUACUGAGCUGACCCAAGCAGAGUCUACAAAAGGUCAAGAUUAUCUUAACGAGGUGGAGCAGGCUUCUCCACUUGCUGAGCUGGACAGUUCAGUGAUAUCUGGUGUUAUUCAGGAUGAGUGCAAAGGCUACCGUUUUACACAAGUUGUGACAAUGGAGGAUGAUAGUUCCAGUGAAUCUGCAUCUAUUGAAUGUACAUUAAUUUCAGUGGAGUCUUCCAUUGAAGAACUUGAAACCAAGCCAAUAAAUGAGUAUGACACCAAAACAAAAGAUGGAUCUCCAUUUCUUAAACCAGACUCUUCUUUUGUGGUAACUAAUUUUGCUCAGGACAGAUCUACAGGCUAUACUUCUACUAUGGAAACCUCCAACAAAUGUGAAAAGCUGAGUUUCCUUUCCACAUGGUCAGAAUCAACUGAAGAUAUUGAAAAGGUAAUGUACACGGUUCGUGAAAGUCCAGUGGAUAAGUGGAAUGGAGGAAAAGAUAAGUUGGUGGAAAACGAAAACAGUGAUAUAGGAGAGAUAAACAAUCAUACUCUAAAGUUGUCAGGAGAAUGUUUGUCUUCCGAUCAAAUUGCCACACAGUUUGAAAUUAAUACUUAUUCAACUCAAUCCACAAAUGCAGAUGUGUUACAGGACAGUGUUAGGGAAGAAGAUUUUGUGGAAGUUGGGCAAAACAAUGCAUGUGAUACUUUAAAUAAUAAUAUAGCAGAAUCUGAAGAAAAUGCAAAUUCAAAAAAAAGUGAGGAUACACAUUUGAAAAGUAGAAAGUUGCCUGGUAAUGAGAUUCAGCUGCCACUUCAGGAACCUGGCACUGCCUCAACUCAGAUAUGUGAGACGAAUCCACAAAACUCUGAGGCAGAAGUCUCAAUGUUGGUUAGAAAAAUCAAAAGAAAGCAAUGGCAUAGAAAGAUUCUAACUCCCCAGGGAGAAACACCAGAAUCCAUUGAUCAAAAUGUGGUUGAAGAUGAAAUCAGAGCUGAAGUUUCCACGCCUGAAAAUUUGAACCAUGAGCUCAAAGUUCAGGCUGGAAAUGAGAAACUUGAAACUGAACAUCACACCCUCUCUGUUAAUGGCCAUGUUACUGUUCAGUGUGCUGAACUGCCUUUUGAUUCUAAAAGUGUAUCAGAAUCUAAUGAAACUGUUUGUAAUAUCGAAUGCAUAACAAAUGCUAAGGAUGAGUCAACAGCCACCCAUCCUGACUGCAUUGAGAGUAAACUGAUGACUUUGGAUGAAGAUUUUCAACAAGAUGUCUGUCGAACCUCAGUGUGCAAAGCAAAUGCUGACACAAAUAUGAAUUCUGAAAAUGUAGUUGAAAAUGGCAACAAUACUAUGUCAGUAAGAUGUGAAGCUUCAGCUUUAGAUUUAGAUACCCCUCCGCUAAAAGUUUUCAACAAUGAGCCUCUUUCAGAAUUGAGCCCUAACACUGACGAGUUGUUAGAAUGUACGCAAACAGAAAAUAAAAAUUUGGUGAAAAAUAAUUUGCUACAAAAUGAACCAGAAGUUGAGGAGAAAUUGAAAAACUCUUCUGAAGUCGGUUCCAAUCAAGGCAGUAUAUGCAUAAAAGAGCAGUUUGGCAUCCAGAUAAAAAAGAAUACCAUUGGAAUUGCAGACGAAAUGUCCAAUUGCAUCUCAAGUGUAAAAAAGGUGAAUAAUUCAACAAAUACACCUAUAGAGGGAACCUCCAGUCAUAAAUCUCUUGUGCAAACAGUAGACAGUUCAACACAAACUGAAAAUGAUGGUUCACAAAUAAUGCUAUACACUAGCAGUGAUCUAUUUGCUGCAGCUAAGUCUGUUCCUCAGAUGGACAUUGUUGAAGAAGGUGAAGUAGGAACACCAAAGUCAAAACGACAUUUGAGUUAUUGUGAUCUGUGGAAUCCAUCAUUUCCUGAUGUUCCUUCAGACCAUCGGAGACCCAUUCACACAGUGGCAUUACAUGAAGAAGGGGCAUUAUUUGAAAGUACAGUUGACAAUUCAGUGGAUAUGGAGUCAUUUGGAACUUCAGAAUGUGAGCAAACGCCUAAAAAGACUGCGAAAAGCAAAAAAAUGCAAUCGUGUAGAAGAUUGCCAACUGCUUUGACAGAAGGAAAUGGAGAUGUGCAGCAAAAUGACAUUUUACAAAAGUCAAAUAUACAGUCCACCUGCAAAAGUCGUGUAGUUUUAAGAAGAAACAAAAGAGGUUCAAAUCCAGACAAUCCACCUGUACAAGCCAGUGCUGACACUUCCGCUCCAGUGUUAUGCACGCAAGAGAUCCAUCAAGUAAUGUUAGAAAUGGGAAAACCCCUGCCACCUCUGCUGCCACCACUUGUAGCCACACCUCCAAGAACUGCAAGAGCUGCAAAACCAAUGUCCCCUCUUAGCACAACAUCUGGUGUAGCCUCUCUGUGCUCCCCUGCAGAUGAUUUGGCUUCUCCUUCAAAAGAGACCUCAAAGGCUGCUUCAGUUUCACCUCCUUUGGAUUACAAUCAACGAAAAUCUCCCUCACUGCACUCGCCAUCCCCAUUAGAAUUUGCAAGAACUGAAAGAAUCCAAUCUUCCCCAUUACAAUUUUGCACUGCGACUCCAAAACAUGCUGUUCCUGUGCCUGGGAGACUACCUCAGUCUGCAUCAUCAACUGGUGGUUCAGCUUUACCUCAAGAGAACUCUGUAAAAAUUCUGGAUGCUAUGUAUCCCAACCUCUCUGCCCGUGCAAGAACUUUAAAUAUUCUCCGUGGAAAUGUUCAGCUCAGUAUCCGUGGCCCUGCAGAUAGUGAGAACCAAGCUGGGGCUGUGAAUCAAAUCAUGGGAUUCAAAGCAAUCAAUUCUGCUGCAACUGCAUUUGUGAAAGCAGGAAGCAAUACCAGAUCAGAAGGCACAAAAACUGAUGAAAAAGAUUUGGAGCAGCAACAGCCAGCUGUUGCUCGCAUAUCAAGUACUGAGGAUAAACCUAAAAAAAACCAAAUGGCUACCAAAAGAAGUGCAGAAGGUGAUGGAGCAGGAAAGGCAAAGAGACUGAAAGCAGAAAAUAAUUGUCAGAAUGAAGAUAUUACUACUGAUUUAAUCACCCCACAAGAGUCCUCAACUGUAAAUGUUAUUGACACAACCAAACCACUUUUCAAUGGGCUAGUCGAACAGACAACUGGAUAUAAAGCUGAACUUGAACAUUUCUCCCAGCCUCUUGAAUCUAUUAAUUCAAGUGACGAGGCUAUAGCCAGUGCCUUAAUGAAAAUUACUAAAUCUUGCUUUGACCUACUGCCAGUUAUUCGCAGCCAUGUGUUUGUUGGGAAUAUUCCUCAGAUCCCAGUAUUGCGUGAUGAAGAGAAGGAAGUGAUUUUUGAAUUGAAUGGCAAUAAGGAUUUGACAGAAGCUUUACUGAUGGCUAUCAUCAAGAAACUGAAGGCUGAGCAAACAACCCUUGAUGGUAACUGUCUUCAGGCACUUUCUCGAGUUUAUGUUGCAAUCUGCCGACAACAAGGAGAUCUUGAAAGAGCUCGCCUCCUUUCUUACAGUAUCUUAAAGGAAGACUUUCCAGAUUCAAGCAAACUGUUGUUGCUCAUCUUAAGUGUUUGGCAGAACAUAUUUUCUACGCAAGGACCAGUUAAUAAAGCUAUGCAAGCUGUUGCCAAGCAACGUGCCAAAGGAGAUGUUCUGAAUUGUUUGAAUGCAUACCUCAAUUGGGAAAAGAAUCCACCUCUAGAUGUUAGCUCUUUGGUUUCAAGUUUCCUUAUAGCAAUGCAGCAGAGUCCUAAAGUGAGAUUCCAAAUAAGUAAUGAAUACGGAAUGGAUUUUAAUGGAGAUAUGUGGGAGCUGAUUUAUGCUAUAGAUCUGCUGUGUUCUCAACAGCCAUGGACAUGGACACACAACUGCUUCAUAAGGAAGGAGGUCUGGCCUGUGAUGGAUAAGUGGAUGAAACACAGAAAAGGACAGAAUAGUAUUCUAUGCAUUCGGGAUGUCACAGUUGCAGGCAUCAUGAGACUUAUUGGACACCUGGGUCAGCAAGGACUGAAGAAAGAAUCUUCAGUAGCUGUAAAAAACAUGGCUGCAGUGAUAAACAAGUUCCUCGAACAGGCUUUUCAAGAAGGUGUCCCAUGGCCUGUACAGUUAUCAGCAGUUUAUGCAGUUUAUGACCUAGCUCCUAGUAAUCCUGAGGGAGCCCUAGAGGCCCUACAUACAUGGAAAGCAUCAGUAACUGAACUAAUCCCUUCUGCGGCAAGCAACUGCCUAAUGGAACUGGAGAUUCUUUGUCAAAGAUUAAAUUCUGAAGUAACGAAUCCAUGAGGUGCAUCCAGCAAGCUCUUGAGAUGAAAAAUUUGUCAACCAGAGAUGAUCACUGUUGGGAAACUGAUGUUCAAAAAAUGUGUUUUCAGUUGGAGGUAAUAACCUGUACCUUACAAUACCUGAUAAUUAAACCAGUGUACAGUAGAUAUUAACAGUUCUGAAUAUGGCAUUAGUAUUAAACCCACUCCCUCUGCCACCCCCCACCCCCCAGAAAAAGCGUUUUCUUAAUGCAAAGAUUGGAAUUAAGUUUUGACACAUCCUGGAAUUGUGAUGCUGUGGUUUACCUGAAAAUGGAGAUAUAUUUACAGUAUAAUUUGUCAAGGAUAUCUAUAAAUUUUGUGUUAAACCUCACUUUUCUUCAGAUUUUUUAAAAAUUCUGUGCCUAAAACAGAAAAGAUCAGACCACAUUUAUGAUAAUUAAACAUUUCUAUGAAAAGUUCAGCUUGUUGCAAUAAAUUUUCAGAUUGCAGGAGUUCAAAACUUGUUUUGAUUGAGAUGCACAAACACGAGAUUGUGUUUUUAAAAUGUUUUAAAUUGGCUAAUCAUUGAAAGUCAGGUGCUCCUUGACAAGUGCUGGAAGUCAGGAUUUCAAAGUGAACCUUAAACCAUAAUCCUGAAAAACUGUGAAUGCUUGUACAUAAAAGGAUUUUUUUCAGAUGCUUAACCUACUGUAGAAGUCUACCAUUCCUUAUUUUUAUUUUGGGUAGCCAGCAUUUGCAACCUUUUUAAAUCUUAGCCAUUCCCCCAGUGUUUUAUUUCGCAGCAUAAACAAUGCUGAUUAUGACCAUAAUAUGCAUUAUUGAAAACAAAUCAUUAUUGGCCAGGUCAGGGAUGUGAGGGGUGUGCUGUACAAAAUCAUAUUAUUCACUCUGCAUCUUUGAAAGAGUACAGUUCUAACCGCCUGGGUCUGGUGAGUUGCAGCACAACAAUAUGCUGCUCUUUCAGUCUCACUAAUCUUUUUUGUUGAUUAUAUGUCAUAUCUUCCCCUAUCAUGAUCUUGAACACCCAUAGAAUUAUUGAAUCUUAAAACAGAGUGGCCAUUUAACCACUGAGCUGAUUCUUUGAACGAGGCUAUCCAAUUAACCCCACAUCCCUGGCCUUUCUCCAUAACUAUUAACACUAAUGCCUAAAAAAAAAUCAAGUGAUAGCUACAAAAUUAGGUAAAAAUGUGCUGAGGACUAUGGCCUUCACCCAAAAUUACAAGUCUAGAAAAUAACUUGGGUAAGUGAACAGAGAGAGAGAGAUCAUUUGUUGAAUAGAAACCAAUGGAUAUGCUUUCCUUCUACUGGGAAAUAACUUCAAACCUCAUGGCAACCAAUUUCCAAUCUGGACAUUUUUUUCACCUCUUUUACCCUAGUCAAAGAUUUGGAUAGCUAUAGGGUGCCAUAUCCGGCCAUACCAAGGGAAAAAACUAUCAGCCAGGAAUUUUGCUCUGGAUGAUAUCCAUUGAUUUCCCACUGAAAAGUGUGUGUCAACAGAAUGGCAUUUGGCCCAAAGGGAUUUGAGGGCUACUGAUGAUCUUUGGCACUGUACUCCUCUGAGUAACUGCCCACAGGAGAGAAAGCAAGAAGAGAUGAUUGAGGGUGAGAACAUUUCUGGAGUUAAGGCAUUAUUGUUUCCUUACCAUUGGUGAAGUGUAAUUUACCACAUGUUCCCAAAGCAAUUGACCAUUUGGUAUACAUUUUGUUUUACUAUGUGGACCCAUUAGACAAGCCACACAGCGUUAUUUGCUUUUUCAAUCCUGAAAAAUGUUUCAUACCUUCAGACUUCCUGAGAAUUUCAGGAUGUAUACAGUAAUCACUGGCCAGGGUGCAUCAGGAGAUUUUUUUUUUAUCCUGGUCUCACCACUUGUCACAAAUUAGAAAGUUCAAACUCAGAAAAGAUGACUUCAUCCCCAACUUUCCUGACUUCUUUAAUUGUGCCAUGGGUAAAUGCAUUUCAUAGUACAGCAUGGACUCCUACAGACCAAGACUGUUUCAAGUUUAAUGGUUUGUCUGCGCUUAAUUUAUUAAUUUCAAUGACGAUCUGUUGGCUUCAGUGUCCUUCAUCUGUUGCUGAUCAAUGCUCAGUGAAUUUUAGCUAAAAUGUUUUCACAUACGGCCAAUGCUCAGUGUAUAGACUCAGAAGGAAGAACAGCCCUUGCAUGAUGCAACAGAACUGUAUCUCUAUCAAUCAUUGUCUUUGAAGAAAGGGAGAAAACUGUCAACAGAAAAAAUAUGGGGGUGUGGUGUUGCAGAACAGAAACAAGUAUUUUUGUCCCUUAGUAUCAUCCUUUGCCACCAUCUAUCUGUGUUUCCAGCUGUGUGGUCAAUCAAUGAAAAUGUUAACAUCCUUAGUGUCAGCUCUGUAAAUCGAACAAGUUCCCUGAUGUGAAAUUUGGACAGGAUGGCCGACUGGGAAUUGUGAGAUGUGCACAUUAGUCCACAGUGUAGUAUUUUUGAGGAUAUUGUGAGCAGGCCUAAUGGGAGAGUGUGUGUUAUGUUCUUGCUUAUGUCACAAGUUAAAUUAUUUCCUAGUAUGCCACCAUUCCAAGUGGUAUUUCUGGUUAUGCUGCACUUACAAAUACUGGGCACUUGAAUGGUACAAUAAUAAUAAAAAUCUGGAACUUAAUGAUUUUUUAAAUUAUUUUGCCAGAGCUCAUCUGACCACAGAUUUACUUCCAAAUGAAAAUGACCUUAUUUCACCUCAGACCAUACAUUGUUUAGUGUUGUAUGUUUGUGCUUGUGUACCCUGAUGAUUCAGCUAUAUUUGUUUUUAAAUUGUUGAAUAAGCAAGUCCGAAUUUUUACAGAAAGUAACAAUGUAGAUAUUGUGUUGAGUCCCUUAAGUCCCCAGAUUGGCAGAGGUUAGUUUAAAAUGAUACUUUCUUAUAGCUAUGUACAUAUGGUUAUUCAUAGUGAAAAACGUGAUUUUUUUUCUUCUGUGAAUGCUUGUAAUUAGAUGAAACUUUGUUUCUAAAUAUUUUGUUCCAUUUGGGAAUGUUUAUUAUAUAUAAAAGUCACAGGUGCAAUGUAGGUUUUGGGUUGUGUAAAAAAGAUUACUUGGUUAUAAUGUAUAACACUGUUUUGAGUUUUUUUUAAUAACUUUUUAUACAAAUUCUUCUGGAAUUUUCAUGUGCAACGCAUUUUAUAUUAAAGUAAAAUAUUGAAUCAUG